GUCAAAAACACCGCGUAAAGUAUGGACGUAGUUUAGAACUUCAACCCUUAGUAAUAAGUAUUAAAUAUAAGUUUGUAGUUCGUUAUAAUUUAAAUCCAUCCAGCAACCAUGUUUGCUAAACCGUAUAAAUUAAAAUCCAACAAUACCCUAAAAAAUUCUGAAAAGAAACAGCUUGCACAGCGUAUUCAGAAUGAAUUUCCAAAAGCUACAGAGGAAAAGGUUAAAGAUUUGGUGCCAGUUAAAUCGAAUAGUAGUUGUAUGAAACUGACUCUACAUUCAGGUGAUACUGUCGGUGUCUACGUGGUGAACGGAGUUCCAACAAUGAUUGAUCUCGGAGAGAAGUUGGUACCGACCGUUUAUGCACUGUGGAAAGCAGUAGACUUGGUUCCUACUAUUAGUGUAAAUUCUCUGGUGCUAAGUAAGGUCCAAGGUGGUGCCCCAUUAUAUGCCCCAGGAGUUCUAACAGAUCCCUCAAGGUUUCCACAUUUUCCUCGCGGGGCAGUGAUAGCUGUUUGUACCAGUGAUAAUGGAGCUGCGGGGAUUGUCGGCCGUGCUGUUAUAUCCUCUGGUGAUUUACUCGCUACUUCUAUGGGAGUGUGUCUAGAAACCUACCAUGUCCUAGGUGACCUUCUAUGUAAAGAUAGCAAGUUUACAAAACUUGAAAGACCUAAACUAAAUCCAAUCUGUUACAAUGUGACCGAGGCCAUCACCGCUGAUUUAAGCCAGUUACAAAUUCAAGCAGUCAAAGAGGAAUGGCCGAGUCUAGUAAAAGAAGAGACAGCAGUUGUAAACCAACCGACAGUAAUUCCUGACUCUAACCAAGAAUCACAACCAGAACCCGUGGAACAAGAAGAUCAAAAUCUUAAUGACUCUGUAUCUACAGAAUUGUCAGAUGACGAUGAUAGAAUACCAACGGACAUGGACGGCUUGCUCCGCUGGUGCCUGCUAUCAUUUCUCAAGCACGAGGGCAAGAACCUUGAACUGCCACUUAAGACCAACUUACUGUAUAAAAAUCAUCUAAUGGCAUACUGUCCACCAGAUAGAACACUGGAUGUAAAAAAAUCAACUUACAAGAAAAUGGGAAAGUUCCUUGAGGCCAUGGAAAGGGAAGGCCUAAUCGGCGUCCGCGAGGUGGAGAAGGGCGUGUCGGCGCUCGUGUCGCUGCAGCCGGCGCACCCGCUGCUGCGCGCGCACCGCGCCCCGCCCCCCGCGCGCCCCGACUCCGCCCCCCAAAGCGACGCCCCGCCCACCGCCCCGCCCGCCGUGCGCGAGCUGUACUGCGUCACCGCGCAUGUCGCCGAACUGUUCGCGCCGCUCAAGAAGGGCGCGGCGCUGUCGGCCGGCGAGGUGCGCGGCGCGCUGCAGCGGCUGGCGGCGGAGCGCGGGCUGAGCGCGCGCGGCGCCGUGGCGCUGGACGAGCCGCUGGCCAGGCUCACGGGCCGCCAGCCGCAGGAGCUGAUAAAAUGGGAGGAGUUAAUAUCAUCAGUGCUCGGUCGUAUGACGCCCAGCACCGAGAUGCGCUACGCAGACGGAACAGUGAAACUUAUCAAGUCGCGACUCGAACCCGUAAAGAUGCAGGUGGCUACGAGGAGUGGGAACAAAAAGGUGACGCUGGUGUCCAACCUGGAGUCGUUCGGCUUCGACCUGGCGGCGCUAGCGCACGCGUGCCAAGUGCGCGUGGGCGCGUCGUGCGGCGUCACGCGCACCGCCGCCGCGCGCGCCGACCAGCUCAUGCUGCAGGGCGACCAGACACAUUUUGUGGCAAAAUUGCUAAUAGAAGAGUAUGGUCUGCCCAAGAAGUUUUUGGAGGGCGCUGACAAAGCAUUGAACAAGAAAAAGUAAAUGAAAAAAGUGUAACACAGGCAGUGUUGAUUAUAUUAAGUGUUAUCAAAUAAAAUUGACCAGUUUUUCUUAACUAA